ACCUGCUGCAUCUGAAAAGGUAAGUGCGGGUUUCGGAUUGGGCUGCUGCCGCCUUUGCGUCUCAGAAAUCAGCCCUCUGCCGGCAAAUGAACAGCUGGGCGGGAUAGUGUACUCCAGGCUGCCGGAUCCGAUGCCUGCAGGCGCGCGCGCGCCUCUUCUUAUUCUCCUGAUGAAGAUUCAAUCACGGCAUCGUCCUGCAGCAGGAAAGUUAGUUAGCACAGGAGAGAAACGCAUCUGGGAAUCUCCUCUUCUCUUGGCUGCCAAGGAGAACAAUGUUCAGGGUCUUAAGAAAUUAAUCCAAGAUGGUUCUUGUGACAUUUAUCAAAGAGGAGCGAUUGGGGAGACUGCUCUCCAUGUAGCCACCCUCUAUGAUUGCACAGAAGCUGCUGACUUUCUUCUGGAAGUGGCUCCAGAACUCAUCAAUGAGAAAAUGACAUCAGCACUCUAUGAAGGACAGACAGCACUCCACAUUGCAGCAGUUAAUCAAAAUGUGGAUUUAGUGAGAUGUCUGCUGAUGAAGAGAGCUCACAUUUCUGCUCCUCGAGCUACAGGACACUUCUUCAGGCGUAACUCCUCACAUCGCUCCUAUUUUGGGGAGCAUGUUUUAUCUUUUGCAGCCUGUGUGGGCAAUGAGGAAAUUGUUCAUCUAUUAAUUGAAAAUGGAGCUGAUAUCAGGGCACAAGAUUCUCUAGGAAACACAGUUCUUCAUAUUCUAGUUCUUCAGCCAAACGGGACAUUUGCAUGCCAGAUGUACAAUCUCAUCCUUUCCUAUGACAAACAAGAACGGAACUUGGAACCGUUGGACUUGAUUCCCAACAAUGAAGGUCUUACUCCAUUCAAACUAGCUGGAGUUGAGGGUAACACUGUGAUGUUCCAGCAUCUUUUGCAAAAGCGUAAGCAAAUAAUGUGGUCUUUGGGACCUAUUACUACCAUUCUCUAUGAUCUUACAGAAAUUGAUUCCUGGGGUGAAAACCAAUCUUUUCUGGAACUUGUUGUGUCAACAAAGAAAAGAGAGGCUCGCCGUAUCCUAGAUAUUACUCCUGUGAAGGAACUUGUGAACCUGAAGUGGAACACAUACGGGCGUCCUUAUUUCUGUUUCCUGGCUCUGUUUUAUGUCCUCUAUAUGAUUUGCUUCACCAUGUGCUGCGUUUAUAGACCACUGAAAAAUCGCUCAGAUAAUCACACGAAUGCGCGGGAUAACACCAUCAUUGUGCAGAAAACAUUGGAGGAAUCAUAUCUGACCUAUGAGGAUCAACUCAGGCUUGUGGGAGAGUUAAUUACAGUGAUUGGAGCCAUGGCAAUUUUACUCCUAGAGAUUCCAGAUAUUCUAAGAGUUGGAGCCACAAAGUACUUUGGACAAACUAUCCUGGGAGGACCUUUUCACAUAAUAAUCAUCACAUAUGCCUGUGUGAUCCUGAUAACCAUGGUAAUGCGACUCACCAGCACAGAAGGAGAAGUGGCCCCCAUGUCCUUUGCCCUGGUGUUGGGCUGGUGCAAUGUCAUGUACUUUGCACGAGGAUUUCAGAUGCUUGGGCCUUUCACCAUCAUGAUACAGAAGAUGAUAUUUGGUGACCUUAUACGUUUUUGUGGGCUAAUGGCUGUUGUCAUAUUUGGCUUUGCCUCAGCUUUCUACAUCAUCUUUCAGACAGAAAAUCCAAGCAAUCUGGGACAAUUCUAUAAUUACCCCAUGUCUCUCUUCAGUACGUUUGAGCUCUUCCUUACCAUCAUAGAUGGACCAGCCAACUAUGAUGUGGAUCUGCCAUUCAUGUUCUGUGUGGUGUAUGCUGCUUUUGCUAUCAUUGCUGCUUUGCUCAUGCUCAACCUGCUCAUUGCUAUGAUGGGUGACACUCAUUGGCGAGUAGCCAAUGAACGAGAUGAGCUUUGGCGAGCACAGGUUGUUGCUACUACAGUCAUGCUUGAACGGAAACUCCCACGAUGUCUUUGGCCUCGGUCUGGCAUUUGUGGCCAAGAGUAUGGGUUAGGAGACAAGUGGUUUCUCAGGGUGGAAGAGCGUCUGGAUAUCAGCAAGCACAAGAUGUUACGUUAUGCAGAGGCAUUUAAAAACCAAGACAAAGAGGAUUUUGAUAAGGAUUCUGGGAAACUAUACCAACCCAAACCUUUCCAAAUCAAGAAAGAAACAUCUCCAUCGGUCUCACGAAGUAAUACUCAAAGUAGCUUCCACCGUGGUUGGCAAAUCCUGCGGAACAAUACCUUCAGCCACCUUGAUGGGGAAGUAAAUCAUGCUUUGGAAGAAGAGAUCUAUCACCUCUGAUAUGCCUCUUGAAUAACUGGUCACAUUUACUGGUGCUUUGUGCUGCUUCACAAAUUCUGCAGUAGUUGGUGGGAUCUGGGGGCAGUAAUAUCAGGAUUCAGGAUGACUUCAAUCUUCCUAAGUUCAUCUUUUUCCUUGUUCUCUAAAUGACCAACUCUGCCAAAAAUUUAGAUUAAAACAAGAAAAAAGAUAAACCAGCUAACUUCUAGCAUUCGGUGGCGCAGUGCAGUACUGCAAGCUGCUACUGUGCAGUACUGCAAGCUGCUACUACUGCAAUUUGGCAGAUCGAAUACCACCAGGCUCAAGGUUGACUCAGCCUUCCAUCUUUUCGAGAUGGGUAAAUUGAGGACCCAAAUUGUUGGGGGCAAUAUGCUGACUCUAAACAGCUUAGAGAGGGCUGUAAAGCACUAUAAAGCGGUAUAUAAGUCUAAGUGCUAUUGCUGUUGCUAUUCCAGAAACUUUUUAAAGAGGUUGAGCAUUAGUUUAUUGCUUUCCCAUUGUUCCACCAAAAGAUUGAAAAAAAGUUGCUGUUAUUUUUUAUAUAGGACUCCAGUGCACUUUAAGUUAAAUAGGUGACAUGGAAUUUUAUCCCAGGUACAAUUUUUGUAGUCAAUAGGAUAGUAUUUCUUUUCUUGGCUGAAUUGAAUUCCGCUAAAGUUUCCCUUGGGGAGAGGAAUAAUGAAAAGGUUUACAAACUUAAUUGUAUUAAUAUACAGCCUCCUCUGUUUAUUCUUGCUGGCUUGGAAUCAAGCCUGUUACUACUCUUGACCUGCUACUAUACAGGACUAGAAUUUUGCUUAGAGCAAAUCUAAAAAUAAAACCCUAAUUAAAUAAAAUCCUAACUUUAAGUCUAACUUAGUAGGUGAACUUCCCAAAAGUAUUGUGUUUCCCUAAGAAGACAUCAAGAUUUGCUUAAAGUAGUAUACAAAGUAAUACUAAACAUUUUUACUCAGCCAAAAAUAACUGCAAUUAAUUUGAGUGAAAUGUUUCAGAGGGCUUUUCGCACUCUACUUCCAAAGUGAUGGUUCAGAGUUGGCCUUUCCUACAGAUCCAACUUGAAAAGAUCAUCUUUCCAAAUAUAAAGUGAAGCAAAGCAAGUGCUGCUUUAAUUUAUCUCUAGCUUUCUUACCACUUCAAACUUUACUCCAGAAGGAAAAAGCCAAUAUUUAAUCACUUAAAGCAAAUUAAUAACUUAUGCCUUUCCAGCAACUGAGUGGAAAAUUACUCCAAUUCCUUUGCAGCAGGAACAAUGAGAGAAGGUUCUAGCUGGUCAUAUUUGCCUUUCAGUUGCCCUCGUAUAUUGACCUGAACUAUGUAGCAUUAAAAAAUGAUGCAGACAGUUUUCAGGCAUUGUCAGCCUGAUUUCUGCUUGAUGUACUACUGCAUGAACUUGGCUCUGGCCUUAAGGAUGAGUUGGCUUGAUUCUCAUUCCAUAACGAAAAUGCAUUUUCUAUGCACAGAUGUCUGACAACUCAGGAACUUCUAGCUGUAUUUUAAGGUUUGUCACACUGGCCAAGGGUUCCUGAAGGACUCUGCCUGCUACUAAUGACCUUGCUCUUGGCUGAGCUUGAGAAAAGAAAGCUAUGAGUGCAUUAUUAGACAUACCUUCAG